CAUACCUACUUCGGAGGGAAGCAGAAUUUCUGCAACCUCCAGCACAUACCUUCCAAAUCCAGAGUCUCACAUCGACCUUUCUGUCCAGGAGCUUCUCUGCGAUCUCAGCGUGAUUCAGCGGGGUCGUCGAUCUCCUCUCCAUACUCAGGUUGAAUCUUCACGUCAUGCUCCCGACUACUUUCGUGUCAAAUGCGCCGGCUGCCGGUGCUUUGGCGCUGGACAAUGUACCCAUUGUCAUCGACCGCGAAGACUUUGAGGGCGUUCGUAUUGCAGCCGCGACACUGGCUAAAGAUAUCGCGAGCGUGACUGGGGCGGAGGCGCCUACCGUCACCUCAGAUCAAUGCUCAUCACCAUGUGUCAUCAUCGUUGGCAGCAUCCAGAGAUCCAACCUAGUUCAAGAUUUAGCGUCACAUGGGAGUAUAAACGUCGACAAUGUUGCGGGUAAUUGGGAAACUUGGUGUACGGCACUCGUGGAUGCGCCAUGGGACGGGUGUGCGAAGGCCUUGGUGAUUUACGGAAGUGACAAGCGAGGCACUAUCUUUGGAAUUUAUUCGUUGUCUGAGCAAAUUGGUGUUUCUCCUUGGUAUUGGUGGGCAGAUGUGCCAGUGAAGAAAAGCCGGUCUAUCUAUGCGCUAGACGUCAAAACGAUGCAAGGUCCGCCGUCAGUCAAGUACCGCGGUAUCUUCAUCAAUGAUGAAGCACCCGCGCUAUCAGCGUGGGUACACGAGAAGUACGGCCAAAAGUACAACUCAGAGUUCUACAAGCGCGUCUUCGAACUGCUGCUCCGGCUAAAAGCAAACUUUCUCUGGCCUGCGAUGUGGUUUGGCUAUCCACAUCCGGGAAAUUCUUUCUUCGUUGAUGAUCCCUUAAAUCAGGAACUUGCUGACACGUACGGAAUCGUAAUGUCUACAUCGCAUCACGAGCCGAUGCAGCGUGCGAUGAAUGAGUGGUUUGAUGAGCCGUACAACGAGCCAGAGCAAAGUUGGAACUGGAUAAAGAACAAGGAGAAGAUUACCAAGUAUUUUGCUGAAGGGGCGCAACGGGCCUCCAACUUCGAGAGUGUGAUCACGAUUGGUAUGCGAGGUGAUGGCGACCGCGAAAUGGAUGUCAAAAACCCACAAGAAGUAUUGAGAGACGUCUUGUCGACGCAAAGGCGCAUCCUUGGUGACGUGUACCAAAGAGAAGACGCAGUACCGCAAUUGAUCGCGUUAUAUAAGGAAGUGCAGGAAUAUUAUGAGAAUGGCCUCGAGAUUCCGGAGGACGUAACACUACUUUUUGCAGAUGACAACUUCGGCACGAUUCGCCGGCUCCCGACCGAAUCAGAGAGAAUGCGAAAAGGCGGUGCAGGGGUAUACUAUCACCUCGAAUACGUUGGAGAACCGCGAAGCUACAAAUGGCUAAACAGCAACUCUCUUGCCAAAGUUUGGCAACAGCUAGACCAAGCAAAGCGCCGUGGUGCAGACCGCAUUUGGAUCUUCAAUGUUGGGGACAUCAAACCGCUCGAAGUGGCACUGAGCUUCGUCAUGUCAUUGGCGUGGGAUACGCAUGCUAUGGCCCUUGGCGACCUACCAGCCUUCCUCGAACCAUUCACCGCUCGUACCUUUGGGAGCGAUCUAGCAUUGCCCUGUACAGACCUCUUGCUCAAGUACGAUAAAUUGAUUGCGCCCCGAAAACAUGAACAUGUUGAGCCAGAGACAUUUUCGCUCAUCAACUACUCGGAAGCGAAUAACAUCCUGUCAAGCUGGGAAGCACUGCUCAAGGACGCCGAAUCCCUCUACACUCAGUUGUUGCCCGAGACCAGACCGUCAUUCUUUCAACUCGUUCUACAUCCCAUCAAAGCAACGCAUAUCUACAUGUCACUCCAAAUCUGUCGCGGGAAGAAUGCGCUCUACGCGAAACAACGACGCAAUACGGCAAAUACGUUUUUCGACAAGUCGGUCGCCCUCUUCAAAGCUGAUUUCCAGCUAUCACAGGAAUACCAUCAGUUGCUCGACGGGAAGUGGAACCACAUCAUGCGACAGCCUCAUCUCGGAUUCCGUGAGACAUGGCAUGCUCCUUCCCGAGAUAUGAUAAGUGGCCUGUGUCUCGUCCAAGCGGGCCAAGAAUCAAAUCCCAUUGUUGGAAAUCUGGGUGUCGCUGUUGAAGGGUCUGAAGGCGUGAGACCUGGACUGUGCAACGAGGAGAGCGACCGCACGCAUCCGUCACGAAAAGACUUGAUAUCUGGCGUUACAUUGCCGACCAUGGAGCCGUACGGAAUGAAUCCCAGGACGUUUGAGUUAUAUUUGCGUGGUCCCAAGCCACUAACGUGGAGUAUUACGAGUCCAGUGGACUGGAUGCCAGUAAAUGCCAGCGGAACGCUGGAACCGUCUUUCGAUGGCCAAGACCUACCGAUCCUAGUGACGGUAGACUGGAAAGCUGUCCCUGAAGGUUUUGACGAUGAGAUCUUAUUGUUCCUACAGAGCAACCUUGGGGAUUACGAACACAUUCACGUUCCGGUGAAACACCGUAGUCUACCGCCCGGAUUUGUGGGUCAUGUUGAGGCCGAUCAAGUCAUCUCCAUGCCAGCUGUUCGCCACGAAAAUAAGAACCCACCUGUGUAUUGGAGGCACCCGUAUCUCGGCCGAGAAUCCCAUGGAGCUGUGAGCUUCCGCUCACAGGCUGACUCAAGCCUGAGUCAGUGUGAACUCUUGUACCCGUUCUACACUUUCACGUCAACGGCCAAGGCUAUUCUACACCUGUACUUCACGUUGACACUCGAUGCAGACCCAGGGUCAGCAGCUACAUACGGUAUCGUAAUCGAUAACGAGGAUAUGGCAGUACACAGGCUGGUGCAAGAGCCUGAAAAGGCUGGUGAAUUGCCACCUGGAUGGUCGGAAUCGGUCAUGAACUGUGUCUGGAUUAGACAACAUCAGAUUGAUCUCGCUGAUACUGGAGCGCACACCCUAAAGAUCUCACUCCGACAUGAAAAUCUGGUUUUGGAGAAGAUUGUCAUCGAUGUAGGAGGGAUGCGGGAAAGCUAUCUAGGGCCACCUGAAAGCUUCUAUGUCACAAGCUAGUGACAGAUCUAGCUAGAACUCCAAAAUCAAAAGCAAGAGCGUUGGAAGCAUAGCAUAUUUAGUCACUCCGUUUGGCAGCUUUCACGUUCCCC